AUGGAGGACUUCCAGUACCUUGGUUUUUCACAGUUCAGUGGGAGUGAUUUCACGCAAACUAGAUAUACUGGUCCAACUUUUUAUUUAAGACCAAUUUGUCCAAUUUGCGACUCAUGCUACCGAUAUCUGUUUUGUAGUCAAUGCGUGAAAGGUGGUGAAAUUUAUUCUUCUAAAUCCGAUGGAUCCAUGAGCUAUGUAGCCUUGGCUUGUCAAAUUAAGUUGAAUAACCGGAUAUUGUCUGAGCUUUCGUCAAAAGUGCUCGAGCUGUCUAAUUUGAAGUCAAGUUUGAAUGGGCAUGAUAGUCUAUUUGCACUAAAAGAGGAGAUACGAACUGUUCAAGAGGCUAUUCGGCUCUUGAGGAACUUCAUUUCCGAAAAGCGGUGCAAACUGUCCACACUUCGGGCAAAAAUACGCGCUUGUCGUGACACCAAACGGGAAUUAGGCCAGAAUUUUUCACGUCUACAGGCGCAUAUGAAGUAUGUCGACAAAGUGGUUGAGUCGACGUUUUCUACAUUUACCAAGAUCAGUGCCCAUCUCUAUAAGCUCCGAAAGGAAAGUAUCCGAGAGCUUUUUCAACGCUUUCUGCCUCUCAAGAUCGCGACUUCUCCCACUGAUCUGGAUAAAAUAUUCGGAACUCCAUUGAACAUGGACAGUCGGCUUCUCUCAGUUCCCGAGCCAACCAUCUCUAGUCAUGCUGCCUUAACGCAUAUGCUUUUGGCCCAACGUACAAUGGCUCAAAUCCUUGAUAUCUGGACUCCGCUUGAUACGCAGCGUCUGUUUCGUCUCAAUAUCUUCGAUAAUGACUCCCCCCUCCGAGAUAGCGUCACCCACGUGUACCGCAUAGUGGGUCAAGUCAUUCAACUUAUCUGCGAGGUGAGCGUCCACAUCACCCUCUCCCCCUCCUCGGACCCGCUGAAUUUGCAGGUGGCUCUAUCGACUAAGGAACUCCGGGAGCAAAAUAGGCCUCUCCUCACGCUUCACCUCCUCGCCGAGGCCUUCCAACACGAUCUCAUGAAAUCGCAGUUAUUCGAUGGACCCUACUACCUUCUCCAAGACGAUAUAUUUUCAUCAAUUGGAUACGAGCUUGCCCUCUGUCCUCGAUCCCUGAAAGGCCAAUUUAAUCCCUCAACAGUUCUGAUUCGUCGUGCUAAUGAGGGUCGUGCUCGACCCGGUGCGCCUGCUACCCAGGAGGCGGCAAUCGGAAACCAUGUCAAGCACGACGUUAACGGUGAUGCAUCGGAGCUCACGUUAAUGGAUUGGGAAAUCAUUUCGCGUGAUUCGGGCCGCGCACUUCUGGGUGUCUUUGCACGGAGCACCAUUAUGAGUGCACGUAGGGAAUAUGUUCAGGUCUUUGGUCGGAAGAAGUCUGCUACUGCCGUGGCUUUGUGUAAGGCAGGAAAUGGAGUGAUUCGUGUGAACGGUCGCCCUCUAGCGUUGCUUCAGCCGGAGCCCCUACUUCCCAAGGUUAUGGAACCUAUCAUGCUUAUCGGGCAGGACAGAUUUGAACACUUGGAUAUUAGAAUUCGGGUUAGUGGCGGCGGCCGCGUAGCACAGGUGUAUGCGAUUCGCCAGGCUCUUGCCAAAGCUGUUAUCGCUUAUCAUCAGAAAUUUGUUGAUGAGUUCUCUCGCAAGGCUCUUAAGGAUACUCUUGCAGAGUUUGAUAAGACUCUGGUAGUCGCUGAUCCUCGUCACUGCGAGCCAAAGAAGUUCGGUGGUCCUGGCGCACGCGCCCGCUACCAGAAAUCAUACCGUUAG